AUGGUGGACACUUUAGGAGUGCAUUGUGUAGCUGCAUUAAAUGUCUCUGCCCUCGGUAGUGUGAAAGUUGUUGAGGGAUACGACGCCGUGCUGAGCUGCAAUGUGACCGGUAGUAAAGGCACGCUAGUUCCACCAUGCAGUGACGAUGUUCAACUCGAAUGGCUCGUGAAUGGCUCGACCAUAGCAUCUUGCUUAGACGGAAGUCUUGAAAAUUAUUCAAGAGAGAUAACAUUUGAUCCAGGAACCGGAAGUUUAACAGUACAUGCUAUACGGACAACUGACGCUGCAAAUUUUACAUGUGCAGCGAAUGACCGGUUCAGUGGAUUUGAGUAUGAUACGACUGAACUUAUAGUAAAAAGAGAAAAGUUUAGAGUCGAAACGUCAGUAGUUCAGACUGCGUACAUUGGGGGUAAUGUUAGUUUGCAGUGUUCUGUUCUUGCAGAGAGCCCACUGUACAACCGUCAAUUCAAAUUCCAAUGGUCACGAGGCAACGUCAAGCUGUCAGAUAACAUGUGCAAAGGAAUCGAGGGGUCGAGCGAGAAAGCUAAGUAUGAGUAUCAUUAUGACAACCUCAGUUGCAAUCUCACUGUUCUGAACGUGGAGAAAAAUGAAACCGGGAAUUACACGUGUAGGGUCAAUGACACGUUCUACGAGCAAACCAACUCUACUCAAUUGAACGUUACGGAAAUCGUGACAACAGAGGAGCCGAGAUCCGAAACUAUAAGUACGUAUGUAGAAACAACUUCAAUAAUCUCUACACUAUCCACUGCAAGUUUGUUUACAGGGAGUACGCCCCCUACGGCAAAGGGAGCUACGACAUCAACUGAACCUCCGGUCGAGACUUCAACCAGUCCUGCGCUAACUAUAGUCUCCGUGCUUCUGUUGGUUCUACUCUGUUUUAUAAGCAUACUACUACUGGUUUGGUAUUAUUUGAUCCGAACGAAAGAUGGUCACGCACAGAACAAUCAAUACGUUGUGCAUUUCAGACGCAAUUCAAAUCUGACACCCGAUGAGCAGCAAGCCCUCACGGCACCAGAAAGAUCCGAAAUCGUCAUAGGCGAGAGUAACCUUUACGAAGAGAAUCAUACGAUGGUUAGACACGUGACUUCCGCACCGACAGCGCCCCCAUCGGCAAACACUAACCUGAAUGUCAAGGUUCAACAUACAACCAGAGAUGGGGUCCAAUGUGCUCAAGUCACCCUACAAGACAAAGAAGGAACGUGGUACAAUCCAGCUAAAGCCAACAAGGGGGCUGGAGCUCAGCCUAAGCGGAUAGCCCGAUCCCAAGAGGAACUUAUCUACAUCGAUAUCCAACACCUACGGGAGCAUCCCAGGAACGCCCCUCCGAUCCGCACGGAACCCCCAACCGAAUACGCUGAAAUCAUGCACAUCACGGCAUCCGGUUCAACUUCAACCGGACUUUACGGGUUGGGUGCUAAAGGUGGUCACGAGUUACCGGUGUGGUAGGAUAUUAUCCCCCCCCCCCCACACACACACACCACCCCAAACACAGCGAGCUGUGUACAAUUUUCUUCUGAUGACGCCCUCUUUCAACCUCAUUCAACGCUGAAAUCCUGCACAUCAGGGCAUCCGGUUCAACUUUUACCGGAUUGGGUGCUGAAGGGGGACAUGUGCUACUUUGAACCGGUGUGGCGGGAGAUGAUUCUACUCUCCUACCAUCAAGUUGCACCCCACUAAAUAUGAGAAAACAGAGCGUCAGGCUAAUUAUAAUAUUUGAUAGGCCCUCAAAAUAAUAUUUUAUUUUAGACAGAUUUGAGAGCACCAAAAAUGGAAACAGUGAACAAAAUUGUCCAAUAAAUUGUGACUUUAGGCGUUGUUGACUUCCAACUUGAGGCAUUUUGGAUAACUUAGUUCAGUUCAGCUGACUGCAAAGGUUACUGCGCGAGGUCAUUGAUUAUGGCAGGUUUUCUUUGAUAUGACCUUACACACCGGAUGUGAGCAGCUAAACUUACAGGACCUGAUCUCGAUCUGCGUUCACACUUGUUUUUUGAUCGCUUUUGCGGAAUCUGAUCUCCCUUUGAUCUCGCAAUAAAGGGAUAUCAAAAAGGAGGGUCUGAUCCUGAUCCUGAUUCUGAUCGAGUUCACACUAGCCGGUGAUCUCCCUCUUUAAUCGACCUUUCGAAUUCAGAUCCUCCUUUGAUCCUCCUAGCAGGAUCAAGUGUGAACGCGGUGUGAGACUCCACAUGUUAAAUUAAGCAGAGGAUUACAGUUCAAGAGUCAAUUAAUAAUUUGUCUUUACCGUAAAAAGCUGUGAGACAUUUAAUAAUUUUUAGUGUAUAUUUUUAAUAUUUAGCAUUUUGCACUGUAUGCUCUCGGAAUGUAUGUUGGGGUGCACCCCUCAAUGCGGCGAGAUGUGUAUAAAUUUCUUCUAAUAGUAAUAGCGCCCUCUUUUGAAUCAAUUUCUUUCCGCCCAUGUUUAUUUCCAAUGGGGGGGGGGGGUCCCAGGGACAGAAUGCCCGAUAGAAGGGCUGUGUUUUUGAGCAAAUAAUUUAAAUUUUUUAGAAUCAUGUAUUUUGUACACAGACCCAGAACAUGGCGUAAUGAAGACCCAUAAAGACUUUACCGG